AUGGCUAGCACCAAUGAGGAAAGUAAGGAAAUGAUUUAUUUAAAAGAUGCUUUUCACCUAAGUACAUUAAACAGAGAAAACACGUUGUCAAUUGCUAACGAAAAUGAUAAUGAAUGCAUACCACACGCUAUAUUAGUGGACGGUGGUAGUAUUGACCUAUUUAAUAUGGACCUGACAAAGUAUCAAAAAAGUGAGUAUAGAAGAAUUUUUAAUUUGAAUUCAAGAAAAAUCUCAGAACCAAAAUUUACUUCAGAACCAUCAACGAAUGAAAAAUUAAUGGAUACGGAAGACACGAAAAAAAAAAAGAAGGAAUACAACACAUUAAUGCCGCGGAUACAUAUGAUUUUAAGCUUUUUUAUACCCUUUAUAGGUUGCUUAUCAUAUUUGUUUAAUUUAAAGUAUGAUGUAUCAUCACCCAGGCGCAAGUAUGCUAGUAAGGCCUUGUGUGUUGGUAGCGCUUUGAGUGUUAUCUAUGCAUUUGCAUUAUGCUCCAUUCUAGGGCACUACGUCUACCAGUAUAAUUCUGGGGAUUUAUAUGGAUUUACUUAUUAA